GAACUCUGUGCCUGGCGGAACUUUCGCGCGCCGCAGAUGCCUUUCUGGAGGAGGAAAUUCGGCAUCGGACCCGAGGCUCUACGUAGGCUUUGGUGGCGGUCGCAGCGUAUGGCGGCUCUAGGUCAUUCUGCUCGGGAGGCUCCGGCGGUCCCAGGCCCGUGUACCGCCCGCGCGCCUUGCAGACCCCGGGUCUCCAGCCAGGCGUCUGGCUCCCAGAAUCUUCCCGCUGUCUGUUUCUGCUCAGGGCGACGCACAGGCAGUGACGCCGCCUGCACAGAGCACCCAGUGGGGGGUGAAGGUGACGCAUCCUCGAAGAAACAAAAGAAGAAGAAAACCUGGAACAGGGCCUCUGUGGCGAAUGGAGGCAGGAAGACCUCAGAAAAGCCUGCCCGGGAGGAAGCCCCCAUGAGCGCUGAGGCCCAGGCAAAGCAGCUGGCCCAGGAACUGGCCUGGUGCGUGGAGCAGCUAGAGUUGGGCCUCAAGACGCAGAAACCCACCCCGAAACAGAAAGAGCAGGCAAUUGGGGCCAUCCGAACUCUAUGUAGCAAAAGAACACCCCUGCCCCGGAAGAGGCAGUUGAUGCACUCCUUGUUUGGGGACUACAGGGCUCAGAUGGAAGCAGAGUGGCAUGAGGCCCUGCGGUCUCUCAGGUCUGCUGCUCAUUCCGCCCAGGUGCAUCCUGUAGAUGAAGCCACCAGAAAGAAGAGUCGAAGGGUCUGUAGGCCUCGCCCUGCAGGGAGAAUCCAGGCCACUGUGGACACUCCUGAUGAAGAGUUCAAGUUCAGUUUCUUUUAGACUCCAGUCUUGGCACAGUUCCCCUCCUGAAGGGUAGUGUGGGAUUUGUCUUGAGUGCAGAACUUUUGUAGGAACUCUCUCUUGACAGAUGUGAGACUAUUCUGUCCCUGGCUGGUCUGAGGAUCUGGGGCUACUAGUUAGGUAUGGGACUGUCAGAUAGGAACAGGACCCCAUUUGUAGGAUUUCUGAUGAAAUGCUCUCCCUGGCAUGAGAGCACUACAUUUAGAAAAUAUUGUACAAUAAAUUGAAGUGCAUGUUUAGUGUGUUAUAGAAAGGGUAUUAUAUUCAGUCUUUAGGUUGGUAGCAAGGAUUAGUGGGGAAACUACAUGAUUGUACGUUGCUCACUUUUGAAAGGAUUCCCUAUAAAACAGGUUAGUGCUUCAUGCUGUUAUGGCAUAUUGCUCUAAUCUCUCUUUCUCUCUCUC